CGCACCAUCAGUCUACCUUUUGCAGCUCGAAGAACAUUUCAGGCAACCACAACAUGCACUCUCUCCUCCCGUUGCCAUUACCAAACACAAGACAGGAUUAACUUUUAAAAAUGCAAUAGACUUCUUUUCAGUUGAACAGGACAUUUGAAGACAACCCGAGGAGAACAAGGAACAGUGGGCCUAUGCCUAUGGUCACGUUUAAUGGGGAAGUAACUGAAUGGUGCAGGUAUGGGGAAUGGCCGGGCAAUGUUAUGCAGCUUACCCGUGGUGGCGGUCUGCCUGGCGGCGUUGCUGUUCGCCAACCUGCUUCUCUACCUCUACCUCGACUCCAUGUACCCAAGCUUCGUCUCCCCGGCCUCACAUGGCCACUGCCCGUCCCGACACUUCAAGCUGGGCACCAUGCGUGACUGCGUGCCCUGGCUGCAGUGCCCAGAGAUCAGAGCUGACAUCCGUCGGCUGAAGAUGGUGGGACAAGGAGCAGUGAAGAAGGUGCACCUGUCGGAGUGGCGUGGCCAGAAGGUGGCGCUGUGCGAGCUCUCCUCCGAGUCCUACCGGCCCGACUUCCUGCACGGCCUCUCCAUGCUGCGCUCGCUGCAGAGCGUCCGCGUGGUGCAGCUGGUGGGCGCCUGCGAGGAGGACGGCGUCUUUGUCACCGAGUACCAUCCGCUGGGCACGCCGCUGGCGCUGGACGAGGCGCUGGCCAUGCCCCGCUACCGCUCCAGUGACACCUGGCAGACCCGCCUCCGCCUGGCGCUGGAUUACGUGGCGUUUCUCACCUUCCUCCACACCAGCCCGGCGGGCACGCGGGUGAUGUGCGACUCCAACGACCUCAGCAAGACGCUGAGUCAGUUCCUGCUGACGGCCGACUUCAGGCUGGUGGCAAAUGAUCUGGACGCGCUGCCGGAGGUCCCUCCUGGGGGUCAGGGGGUGAAGUGUGGGCCCCGGGAGCUCACGGGGGACUUUGUGGCCCCCGAGCAGCUGUGGCCCCACGGAGAUGACGGCGACGGCAAGCCCUUCUCUGACGAGCUCAUGCCGGGCUACGACGAGAAGACGGACAUUUGGAAGAUUCCAGAGGUCACCGGCUUCCUGCUGGGGCACGUCACAGGAAGUGACGUCAUCCACUUUCAUCUCUUUCAGGUCCACACGGACUGCAAGAAGCGGGACCCCCGGGAGCGGCCCACGGCCAGGGAGGUUCUGAGCGUGUACCGUGCGGUCUACGAUACCAUGCUGGAGAGCCAGCAACAACCCAGAGACAUGCUGUAGUCUAGUGGAGAAGUGGGCAUUACUGUCUCUGCCGUUCGAAUAAAAACAAAGUGAUACGAUAACAAGACAAGAAGUCAGAGAUGGCAACCUGGCCUCCUUGCCAAUGGUAGAUGCUCAUGAUGUGUGUUUGGCGCCAUCCGUAGCCCACUGAAAACUCUGCAGAUGGACACACAAACGGACAACAAACAGACGUAGAGGGUCAUUGGAAUACCUGGCCUAAAGUUUUGGCAAAGGACGCGCUCAACUUCUUGGAAAAACAAAAGUCUUUGGGUGCGAGAUAAAAUGUAUCAACUUAAGGAAGAAAAAUCCGCACUCACAAACUGCG